AUGCUGAGAAGAAAACAACUCUUGCAAGACCAGUGCUUCAGGAAACCACAAAACCCUCUUUACAUUGAAGAAGCCGACUUUUCCCGCUUCAUUGUAAUUGAAAAGUUGAGGUUUGUAUUUUGUUUCAUCCCAAAAGUCUCUUGUGCAACUUGGAAAGGAGUUCUUUAUGCUGCAGAAAAUAUGGGAAAAGCUACUGGGUUUAACCCGCACAGAAGAAUACUGUUUAAGUGGCUCAGUGAUUACACCCCUAGUAAAAGAAAAGAAAUUUUAGACAGUUACUACAAGGCCAUGUUUGUUCGUCACCCGUUCGAGAGACUGGCGUCAGCUUACAGAGAUAAAAAGAAAAAAAAGUGGUUCCAACGAUUAAUCUAUCCCGAGAACGAAGAAUUGUGGGAAAAGAUCAAAUUUUCGGCCUUUAUAAGGCGUGAGCUUCUAACUAGAAACAAAACGACUCUUCAAACUAACCAGCACUGGCGUUCAUAUGAGCAGAUUUGCCCAUGUGAAGUGAAAUUCGACUUCAUUGGACACUUUGAAAACUUGUUCGAGGAAGCAGGACGGCUUCUGAACAUAAUUGGUGUCGAUGACUACGUAAAGUUUCCCGAAUAUCGUCCGUCCAAGACACAACCGUACAUGCAGGAAUAUUACUCCGAGCUUACCACAAGCGAGAUAUCGCAGUUGUAUGAAAUCUUUGAGUUGGACUUUAAACUGUUUGGAUACGACAGGCUUCCUGGUCCUUUAUUAAAAGUUAAUAAAAAACACAACAGUGUCAGAGAAAAGUAACCAGGAAACAGGAAGGAUAAAUAGUUCAUUGUUUGUUUGUUUGCUUCCCUCCGAUGCAGCUGUUGCAGGGGCGUAGCCAGGAUUUUCCCUGAAGUACGCACACUUUUCUCAAUCCCUGUCCCCUACCUGACAACGUUUUGAUGCCUUUAUAUCUAGCCGGAUUUAUGAAAACCGUACCAUCGGACUCCUGGUGCCCACACACCUUAAACUGACUGAACUAAAGCAAAUAUCGCCAAGAAACUCAACUCUUACCCAUGGUUCUCUUAAGGUGACUCUCUUCUUGGUUCCUGAUUAGCAAAAGAAACAUUCAAGUCCAUCAAAAGACACUCUAGCUGCUUGAAGGCCCUAAAUGACGGAGGAUGCUUGAGACUUAAUCAAGUUCUAAGCAGAGAAUUCAAGGUUAAAUCACCCCCCCGCCCCCCACCCGACUUCCUCCACCCUCCCCAACCUAGCACGUGCUUGAGGGGAAUGCUUUCAUUGGCCAGUGGGCCUCAAACAUUACAAGAAUUUGACAUGAACAAACUAAAGGCAGACAUGACCACUGCACUGACUCUCCCAGAGCAAGACUAACGGAAGGUACCACGCUAUUGCAGCACCUUCCCCCCGCCUAGGGAUUGACAUGGAGGCCCCUUUCGAACCCAUGGCGAGUUAGCUCAGGGACUGAGCUUGACAGUGAGACCAACCAGGACAGCAAGCCCCCUAUAUUUUUUCUCACCUCAGUGACCAGAAACCUGGCGAUAGCCAGGUUCCUGUGCGAAUAUUCUGGCCCGUUUUGAGGUAUGUUCUCAAAAAUUCUGCUAGAUAUACAUCCACAUUUAGAUUGCAGCUUUCUGCGCAAUUUCCCUGCCUUUUCUCGAAAUAUAUCAGUCAAUCACGCGUCGCUUCCCUGGAAACCGACAUUUGAGUGUAAAAAAGAAACGUCAGUUGUUUAAGAAAAAGAAUAUUUCAGAGAAACAAGCAUAGUUAAAUGAAUUGAUGCAAACUGUACUUUCUAAAUGUAUUUGCUGUUUUCAUAUACUAAUUCGCCUUUUUAUUAAAUAAAAUCAAUACUUUAAUUUUCUUACCCUCGACUUUUCCAGGUAGGCACGUGCGUAUCGUGCGUUCAGACAGCUACUCCCCUGCAAAGCCUUUAUUUCUGGAAGUCAUACAUUACGGUAUUGCUUUUAUUAACUUCCAGACACUAAAAUAAGAUGUUCAUGCUUGGAAAAUAAAGACUAAAAAAAAGCAACGAAUAGUACCAAAAAUCUCUCAUAAUGAUAUUCCCAUGAUUUACUAGUAAUACAUCUGACGACUUUUAUACAUUUCAGUACUGUCUGAUAUAG